AGCUGGUCUGGUCCCGAUACGAAGGUGCUCAAGGGCUUCUUGAUCACCACGACCGAGCAUCAUCCAGUGGUCAUCGCUAAAGCUCGGGUCCGGCAUUUGCACUCGUCGGAUCGGCCUGAUCAGAUUCCCCGUUUGGAAGUCAGACUGGGUCGGAGGGUGGGCCUCAGGCUUCACGGCUCAUAG